UAAAAGGAAAUGGCAAUUUGGUCUUUUUACAAGGAAGAUGCCUGUUAUACAGUGGCGCAAACAAGACAACGGUCAUUUUCCAGGAGGAGAUCCAAUGCCAAUGGGAGCGGCUAAAUCGGCCGCUGUAGUCACCAGAUUGAAACGUGAAGAUCACAAGCGGACCAAGCAUGACUCCCACUUCUCCAAAUGGAAGGUUCUUAUCGGGCCUGAUGAUUGGGAAGACUACUCAGUUGGGAAAGAAGGAGUGGCCAGAUACAGGGUUGAAAAUCUUCCCGGAAGUUCAAGCUCAGGACUCUAUGAGCUUGCUAUAUACCGAUCUGGCUCCUCAAGCAGGGACAAUCCUGGCAAGCUUGACCCAGACAAGGUUUUGGUAGUUUAUCUUGGUGAAGCUGACAAUGUCAGGACAAGACUCCAACAAUAUGGUCGUACAGGUGCUCAUUUGGGUAGAAGUGGCUCUGGAGAAAAAGGAUGUGCAUGCUUUGAAGACAUCUUUUCGAGAGGCUAUUCGAUUGUUUACAGAUGGGCUCCUAUGGAAAACAAGGCAGACGCUCAUAGAACAGAAGCUCAGCUUCUUGAUACCUUUGAUUAUGCAUGGAAUAAAGGUUCUAAUGGUGCACGCCGCCAUGAUAAUAUCCUUCAGAAACUUAAUAAACGUGCAGCCAAUCGUUCCCCACUAGCCAUUUUCUCCACAAAGAAUCUAUCCUUCCUUCAAAAGCAAGUAGGUAUCCAAAUCAAAUCAAGCAAGCUGCUUUCACAGGACAAUGAAUUCAGCAAAUACGCUGAUGGAGAGAGCUACAACUUUUUGUGGCAAGUUUUCAAGUUCAGCAGAUCACAGCCUAGGUUAGUUUCUGAUCAUGGUGGCUCUAAUGAGAAUGAUACUAUCACUUGCGGAGUGGUUUUAGAGGAUGGUUCCAUUUGUAGAAAGCCACCAGUUGAAGGAAGAAAAAGGUGUGGUGAACACAAGGGCCAGAAAACUAAGGGGUCCUCUGUGAGGUUGAGUACAAGGGAGAAAUCCCAACUGCAUAAGGCAUGCUCGGAAUAUGUUGUUUUUGAUAACGGAGAAUGCAAUGUUCAUGGCCCAAAGAUUCCCAGCUUUGGCGCAGUGCCUUCAUUGUCAGUGGACUAUCCUGAAAUUGAGCACUGCAGUCCUAUUUGUGGAGUUGUCAUGGAUGAUGGAUCUCUUUGUAGAAGGCAGCCAGUUUCAGAGAGAAAGAGGUGUGAUUUGCAUAAAGGGAGGAGAAUUUUUUACUCCAAUUCCCAGGCAACAAGAUAUCAGACAGUGCCAUAUGUGGCUUUUGAUUCAUAUGCUAAUGAAGCUUCAGGUUUUGACAAGAAAUCCUCUGAAGUUUUUAUACCUGAAAAAGUGGAAACUGGAGUUGCUCCACAAAAGCCUGUUUUCAAUGAGGGCUACGAUACUAUAUGCGGUGUGAAAUUAGGUGAUGGAUGUUUCUGCACAAAACAACCUUUUAGGGGAAGAGUCAGGUGUGAGGAGCAUAAAGGGAUGAGGAUUGCUAGCCUCCGCUCUGGAUUAGAUUCAAGGAGCACAUCCCAUGUUUUUGACGCACAUUCAAGUAGUGGCACAUCCAUUUGUGGAGCACCCACCCGCAAUGGUUCUUUCUGCCAGAGGAGAGCUAAGGGAAAAGGAAGAUGUUGGCAACACUAAGGCAAAUCUGUCUCCUGGGCAGAGAAUUUUGUGGGAGAAUCACCAUGGCUUCUGUGUUUGGGAAGAGUGCAGGAACCAAAGAGUUUUUUUAUGUAUUUUGUGUACUAUAUAAUAAUCUAUUCAUUUGGCUGCUGUUGAAUUAUGUUUUAGCUCAUGAACAUUUAUUUUAUUCCAUAGAAAGUCUUUGUGGUCGAGUGUGAUUCUCA